UUAUGGAAAGAUCUACUAACUGUGAUAAUUCAAGUCUUGUUGAAUACACACAAAAUGAAAAUUGUUGUUGUAAGAAUAUUACUGAGCUUAAGUCUAUUUUAAAAUCAAACAACAAGUCUGUAGAAUCUACACUUAAGCAACUGAUGACACAGAUUUUCAUACUGAAUAACUCAAAUACCAGGAUUUGCAACGCUUUUAAAACAAUGGACCAAAAAAUUCAAAUGAUUAUGAAGUCAAAUGACAAGACAAGAUCCUUGGCUCUACCUAUACCCGUGUUACCCUCAUCUUUAGUCGGUAUAUUACCAACCAAAUCAAUUGAUGAAGUGGAUGCUGUAGAAGCACUUUUGACCGAUAACAUAGAUGGGUUGAAAAACCAAGAGGAAUUGAAAUCAUAUCUUUACAUAAAAUCAUCGAACACAUCUACAUUUAGUGCUGCGAUAAGGCAUACAAUUGAUACAUGUUUUGAAUAUCACAUUUUAGCUUUAUUUAGUUAUAAAGGAAAAACUAAACAAUCCUUUAUAGACCUAAAAUUAUAUUCAGUUAUUUAUGAAGCUUUAUCUGGGUUCCAAACAUCUCCAAUUGAAGAGCAAACGUUCCACAAGGUUACUGACAACUAUAUUCGACAUGCCUUUAAAAAAGAAACCAAUACACCAAUUUCAAAUUAA